CCUCGUCUCUCUCUCUCUCUCUCCUGAACGGCGUCCCACGGCGGACAUCGCGCGGUGCGCACUCUCCCUCGCUGCUCGACAUCGGGCCGGCGCCCCUCCCCACCGAGGCAGCAGGACGGCGACGCCCGACGAAGCCUCGGUCUCCCCUGCUCUACGCCGGGCGGCGCGGGCCGACGCCCUCCCCGUCGUGGCCAGUAGGACGGCGGCGCUCGACGCCCCCGUCCCCUCCCCGCUCGACGCUCCCUCGGUCUCCCCUGCUCCGUCGGCGGCUAGGAUUGGUACCUCGGCGUCCUGAUCCGUCUGAGGUCUGCGUCCUCCGAGUCUCUGGUGAGAAAUUUCUCAAGCUGCACACCGGGAGGCUGGAGCUGGCACGUCUGACCGCUGCUCAAUGCAGAUGCGGUGGAUUUCUAUAAUCUUGAACUGAGCAGCACCAAUUCCCUUCAUCCCGUUCGAGCCCCGCUUCCUCCGAAGCUCCCCACCACCGCGAAACUAUGCUCGCUUUGGCCAAUGUCGCUUUCCCACCCACAGUUUCGUCCUCUCCGGUUAAGAUGACAAGGAGGUUUUCUUGGAGAUGUCGAGCAGAACGGGUGUCAGCUGGGUACUCCCAGUUGGAGGUUAGAAAAGUCAGCUACCGACCUCCUGGAACUGAGCAAAACUUAUUGAAUCAAACUAGUCUCUCUCUCCAGGAGAAAAGUUUUGGUUUGAUAUUUGGACGGAGUGGGAGUGGAAAGACCACUCUUUUACAGCUUUUGGCCGGUCUAUCAGAACCUACCUCUGGUUCAAUUUGCAUUCAGAAGUAUGAUGAUAGUGGAAAUCCAAUUGGUCUGUUGGAAGUGUUAGCUCCUCAAAGAGUCGGUAUUGUAUUUCAGUUUCCUGAGAGGUACUUCUUAUCAGAUACUAUACUUGAGGAAGUUACUUUUGGAUGGCCAAGGCAAAAGGCAGACAUUCCUUUGAGGGAGCAACUCACUUUAAAACUUCAGAAUACCAUUAACUCUGUUGGUCUAAGUGCCAUUUCAUUGGAUAAGGAUCCACAGUCUCUUAGUGGUGGGUUUAAGCGGCGACUUGCUUUGGCAAUUCAACUGGUUCAAACUCCUGAUUUAUUGUUGCUUGAUGAGCCCCUCGCUGGACUUGAUUGGAAAGCUCGGGCUGAUGUUGUGAAUCUCCUGAAGGACCUAAAGAAAGACCACACCAUACUGGUUGUAAGUCAUGACCUAAGAGAACUAUACCCGCUGGUAGACCGGUCCUGGAGAAUGGAAAUGGGGGGUGUUUUGAAGGAGGAACCUUUACCUGUAUAGAUUAACAUUUUUUUCCUCGGAAAAUUCAUAACUUUUUUUUUGUGUGUGCAGCUGGAAUGCUGACCCAUUUGUUGUUGCAGUGAACAGGCUCAUAGCUAGCUAGGGAUCCUAAUGUAAUGUUUGUAAUAGUACAAGGCAAGUUGCAAAAUCUAUUGAGAGUGACUCCACACCUACUGGAUUUUUGUCAAUAAUAGCAUGAUGUUAUUUCACA